AGUCCGCGUUCUAAACAAACUUAAAGUAGUCACGUGACUUCCCGCCUUGAAAUAUACAUAUUUUUGUGCUUUGAGAGUGUUAAUAAUAUUUGUUUUUACUAAUCAAUACGACUUUGUGUAUGCUUAUUUAAAUCAAACGUAUUUUCAAGAUUUAAAAAAUAAGACCAAGAAUAUGUCUGGAAUCGCAAUUGCACGAUUGACCGAGGAAAGGAAAGCCUGGAGAAAAGAUCACCCAUUUGGUUUUGUUGCCAAGCCCAGCAAGAACAUGGACGGCACUCUGAACCUUCUCAACUGGGAAUGCUUGAUACCUGGCAAGAAAGGGACAAUAUGGGAAGGUGGCUUAUACAAGAUCAGAAUGCUGUUCAAAGAAGACUACCCAAGCUCUCCCCCUAAAUGUAAAUGUGAGCCCCCUCUGUUCCACCCCAAUGUGUACCCAUCAGGAACUGUGUGCCUAUCUCUUCUUGAUGAAGAAAAGGACUGGCGGCCUGCAGUCACCAUCAAACAGAUUUUACUGGGUAUUCAGGAGUUACUGAAUGAGCCAAAUGUGAAGGAUCCUGCACAGGCUGAGGCUUACACCAUAUACUGCCAAAACAGAGUGGAAUACGAGAAGAGAGUGAAAGAGCAGGCCCUACGUUUCCGCGACCCCUCGUUGUAGCCAAGAAGUGAAGAUUGUGAUCUGUAGGGAGCCCUCAUCUGUACAUUGUCUCACAACUGUGCUAUCUACUGCAUUCAUAUAGCACAGACUGUCCUCUAAUUUAAGUGUUGCUAACAAUUUACUAUGGUUUCUUGACAACACUGAUUUCUGUUUUCUUCUUAUAUUAAUGUCUUGAUCAAUUGCGAACUUUGAAACUUACUUGAUUCAGAAAGUAGGAUUACUAUGUAGUUUGCUAUGCUGUUAAAACUGAAUCUGUACAUUUCAUUGUAACUUUAUUUAUCAUCAAAUAUUGUAAUAAAAAUGUUUUCAUAUAAA